UCUUCCGAUCAUCGACGCCGCCUUAAGCUUUGGCCGGAGAUGGAACCUGUAGAAACCGUGGAGAAGAUUUUGAACUACAGUUUUAAAGACAAGAAUCUUCUCAAGGAAGCUAUAACACUAACAUCAUGUAGUAAUAUGGAAUCACCUGCUUUAUUCGAACGGCUUGAGUUCCUCGGCGAUUCAGUCGUUGGGCUUGCCUUCACUAAUUACACCAUCCUCACUUAUCCUGAUGUCAAAAUCUCACCUAAGGAGCUUCACAAGAUACGAUCUGCGAGUGCGAGUAAUGAGACCUUCGCUCGUGUUGCCGUUAAGCACAAACUCCACCAAUGUCUUGUCUUUGAGGAUUAUGAUCCUAAGACAGAGGCACAGAUUGAAGAGUUCGUAGAAGUGGUGAGUAAAGAAGAUGAACCACUUCCGUAUGGUGGAGCGGUGAGAGCUCCGAAGAUUCUCGCUGAUCUUAUAGAGUCAAUAGCUGGAGCUAUAUUCAUUGAUGUGGAUUUUGAUAUGCAAAGAUUUUGGGAGAUCUUCAGGGGACUUGUGGAGCCAAUAUAUACACUGGAUUGUUUAGGGGAGCCACCUCAAGAAAGAUUAUUUCUUAGACUUUCUCAUUUGGUUGAUAAAAUCGGCAAACCAAUCAAGUUUGUGUCUUCAACGGAUCAGGAGAAUCGAAAUGUUUGUGAGGUCUAUGUUGGUAAUAAAUUUGUGAGUAGUGGGAUUGCUAAUAGUAUAGAGAGUGCAAAGCAGAGCGCUGCUAAAAUUGCAUUAUAUAAUCUGUCAGCUUGGCCCAUUAAAAAGACUGUUGAUGAGAAGAGUCUGAAAGUUGAAAUCGAAGAUGCGAGAAAGAAGUUGUUUGAGAUUUGUUCCACUGAAAAGCUUCGGUUACAGAGUGGAUCGUCCUCUUUGCUUACCACCUCUGAAAACCCUGUGAUACCAGAUGAAACAGUUAUGGAUGAGGAUAGUCUAAAUGUUGAACUUGAAGAUGUGAAACGGAAGUUGUUUGAGAUUUGCGCCAUGGAAAAGAAGACGGAAUCAUCUUCUUUGCAAACUGCCUCUGAGAAGCCUUUAACCUAUGAAGUUAGACCAACAAAAAUGGAUGUUGAUGAGGUUAGUCCACAUGUUGAACAUGAAGAUGUGAAAGGGGAGUCGUUUAAGGUUUGCUCUGCUGAAAAGCUUCGAUCACAGACCAAAUCAUCGUCGUUGCCCACUACCUCCAAGCACCUUUUAACCGAUGAAAAGACACAAGAAAAAGUUGUUUUUGAUGAAGAUAGUCCUCAUGUUGAGUCGUUUAAGGUUUGUUCUGCUGAAAAGCUUCCAUCACAGACCAAAUCAUCUUCUUUGCCCACUGCCUCCAAGAAUCUUUUAACCGAUGAAAAGACACAAGAGCAAAUUGUUAUUGAUGAAGUUAGUCCUAAUGUUGAACCUGAAGUUGCGAAAGGGAAGUUGUCUGAGAUUUUCUCUACUAAACAGCUCCAGAUACAAAUUGGAUCAUCUUCUUCGUCCACUACCUUUACGAACCCUUUAACCUAUGAAAUGACAAUAAAACGGGCUGUUGAUGAGGAUAUACCUAAAGGUAUGAGCUUGAAGUUGUCUAAGAUUUGCGCCGACAAUAAGUGGCCCAAGCCGAUCUUCAGUUUUAAGGAUCAACCAGGGCGGAAAAAUAAGCGUAGAUUUGUUUGUUCAACUAAGAUUGAGAUCCCAACUGUAGAAAGUACCUUUCACAUGAAGGGAGAUAGAGGAUUCAAGAAAAAGCAAGCAGAAAACUCCGCAGCCUACUACAUGAUAAGAGCCUUGGAAUCUUGUCGUGUCAUAAGUAAUCUGCAAAUAUAUGAAAGUAAAGAUGCAGAGGAAGCAGUGGCUUCUCCUGUCAUAAGUAAUCUGCAAAUGUAUGAAAGUAAAGAUGCAGUGGAAGCUGUGGCUUCUCCUGUCAUACUUAAUCCGCAAAUCUAUGAAAGUGAAGAUGCAGUGCAAGCUGUGGUUUCUCCUGUCAUAUGUAGUCCGCAAAUGUAUGAAAGUAAAGAUGCAGUGGAAGCUGUGGCUUCUCCUGUCAUACGUAAACUGCAAAUGUGUGAAAGUAAAGAUGCAGUGGAAGCUAUGGAGAAGAUCUUAAAUUACAGUUUCACGAACAAGAAUCUUCUGAGAGAAGCGCUACAGUAUAAAAGUUCUAAUUCACUUUUACGUCAGCGGCUUAUCUUCGCUGGCGAGCCUGCUCUUUCUCUCGUCUUCACAAAACACAUGUACAUCACGUACCCUAAGCUUGAACCUAAUGAGUUGGAACAUUUGCGAACGGCAAAUAUAUCUCUUGAUAGACUCUCUCGUCUUGUCGUCAAACAAGGCAUCUACCGAUUCCUUAUAGGCAAUGUUCCCGAGCAACGAGAGAAAAUAAUCAAGUUCAUAGAGUUGAUGGGCAAAGAAGAUGAUCCAGAUCCAUAUAAAUUGGUGAAAUCCCCAAGAUUACUCGUUGACAUUGUAUAUUCUAUAGCUGGAGCUGUUUAUAUUGAUGUGAAUCUUGAUGUUAAAAGAUUCUGGGAGAUAUUAAGGGUUCUUUUCGAGCCAAUACCUACACUUGAUGAUAUGCGGCAGCAGCAACCUGAUAUUAUGCUUACGCUAUUUUGUUUCGGAUAUAAGCACGGCAAGCGAGUCGAGUUCAGGUAUCGUAAAACUGGCAACCGAUCCACGAUUGGCGAGGUAUAUCUUGAUGAUAAAUUUAUAGCAUGUGGGUACCCUAAUAAGUGUUCAAAUAUCGCAAAGAUGAGCGCUGCUAAGGCGGCGUUAAAGACGUUGUCAGAAACUAUGCCUGUUGAAAUGGUAAUGAAUGAUUACAUUGAAUAUGAAGACGCAAAAGAGAAGUUGAUCGGGAUUUGCAAAGACAGAAAGUGGCCAAACCCGGUUUUCAGUUUUCAGAGCUUUUCCAAGGGAUAUGUUUAUACAGUUGAGGUUGAGACAUCAACCGAAGAAGGUACCUUACGCGUCAACGGUUUCUUAAGAAAACGUAAGAAGGUAGCUGAAAACAACGCAGCCUCCCACAUGAUAAGAACUCUGAAAUCUUCUCCGUUGAGUCGUAUCGUAAAGCAACUUCAACUCCAGCAACUUACAGAUGAGAAGAAGGAUCGGAAGGUGCAGAGGAGUUUAGAAAAGAAGACGCGGCAAAGUUUAGAUUCGGAAGCGAAUCUUCAUUCGAAAAAGAGGAAGCUGGAAAGUUUAGAUGAGAAUGGGAAUCUGCAAAGUUUAGAUGAGAAUGAGAAUCCGCAACCGCAGAAUAGUUUAGAUGAGAGCAAGAACCCGCAACUGCAUCCUAAGAAGAAGAGGAAAAUGCAAUGAAAGAUUAGUUAAGUUUUUUUGGUAUCUCUCUUUUGCACAGUUUACAACUUUACACAACGCUUAUUUUGUACCUUUUUAAUCUUUAUGGUGCAAAAUGAGUUUUAGUCUUUAGAAUCAAAGAAAUAGUUCUCCAGCCACACUUUUUUCAUCUGUCGAAGACACAUUGUAUUCGAUCUCUUUUCUUUUUAUCAGCCAUUUUGGUUUUUAUUA